AACCUAUUAAAAUUCAAUCCAAUUACUUAUACAAACCAAUCUUAUAUCAGUGAUAUAAAAUAUGAUCACUUGUAGACUUGUAAUUGCGUUACUCAUGUUUUUUUUUUUUUUUUCUAGAUAAUUGUAAGUUUGUAACGGACUAUCCUAAAUAUUUAAGUUUAACCUUUCAAAAAUCAAACUUGAUAAAUUAGGCUAAAAUCCCACAAUUUACAAAGUACAGUAAAAAAAUUCGUAAUUCAAUUCCCCUCCAAAAAAAAUAGAAACAAAGGGUGAAAAAACUUAAAAUAGCAAUUAGGCGCCAAACCUUAAAAUUCCGGGAGAAACAAUAUUAAUGGCGGUCAAAAACACAUUUCCAAAUUUCAAAAUGAAGCUCAAAAUCCACUAAAAAUGGCGCCAUAUUUUCUGAAUUCACUUCAUAUUUAAUCAACUUUCUCCUCUUUCUUCAUUUCCCUCCUUCAUUUCUCACUUCUCUCAUCUCUCUUUAUCUCUCCUAAAUCAAACCCUAAUUUCUAAUCUGAUUUCCCCCCUUUUUUCGAUAAAAAUGGAGGUGAAUACUGUAACCCCAGAUGCGAUUUCGAAGAUUAUUGCAAACCCAUCUCCUGAUUCUUCUGAAGAUCUUCCAGAUCUUGUUGUUCAAGUCAUUGAUUUGAAAGCCGUCGGCAAUCGUUUUAUGUUUACUGCUAGUGAUGGAAAACAGAAGUUAAAGGGUAUUCUGCAGUCAAGUUUUUCAGAUAUGGUAUCUUCUGGAUCUAUUCAGAAUUUGGGUCUUAUUCGGGUUCUUGAUUACACCCUCAACGACAUCCCGAACAAACCUGAAAAGUAUCUGCUUGUAACUAAGUGUGAGUCUGUAUCGCCUGCACUCAAAGCAGAGAUUAAGGUUAAAGAGGAAAGUGAGGAUGGCAGUGCUGCCAAAAGGCAAAAGCAAGAGGUUGAUGUUAAGGCCGAGGAUACGAAGGAAGCUGCUGGUAUUAUGCUAAAGCCUAAGCAGGAAAUUGUUGCUAAAUCAGCUGCUCAAAUCAUGAAUGAGCAAAGAGGAAAUGCGGCGCCUGCUGCUAGAAUGGGCAUGACUCGAAGGGUGUACCCUCUUGCUUCUUUGAACCCUUACCAAGGGAACUGGACCAUUAAGGUCCGAGUUACUAGCAAAGCAACCAUGAGAACGUACAACAAUGCUAGAGGAGAGGGUAAUGUCUUCAAUGUCGAGCUAACUGAUGAAGAUGGUACUCAAAUACAAGCCACAAUGUUCAAUGCAGCUGCAAGGAAGUUUUAUGACACCUUCCAAGCUGGGAAGGUUUACUAUAUCUCGAAGGGAACUUUAAAAGUUGCUAAUAAGAAGUUCAGUACUGUACACAAUGACUAUGAGAUGACCAUCAAUGAGAAUUCUGUUGUUGAGGAAGCCAGUGAUGAGGGAGUGUAUAUUCCUGAAACAAAGUUUAACUUUGUUCCAAUUGAUCAGUUGGGUCUACAUGUAAAUGGAAAGGAUGUUGUAGAUGUUAUUGGAGUAGUGCAGAAUGUGUCCCCAACAAUGAGUAUUAGGAGGAAAAUAAACAAUGAGAUGAUUCCAAAGCGUGAUAUAACUAUUGCUGAUGAAUCGAAAAAAACUGUUGUAGUUUCAUUGUGGAAUGAUCAUGCCACAACACUAGGUCAAGAAUUGCUGGAUAUGGCUGAUCAAUCUCCUGUAAUUGCCAUUAAGUCUGUUAAAGUUGGAGAUUUCCAGGGUGUAUCAUUGUCAGCAAUAAGCAAAAGUGUACUUAAAAUAAAUCCUGAUUUACCUGAAUCAAGACAGCUGAGGUCUUGGUAUGAUUCUGAAGGCAAAGAGGCCUCAUUGGCAUCCGUGGGUGCCGGUAUGACCCCUUCUCCUAACGGUGGAGGGAGAUCAAUGUAUACUGAUAGAGUUCCCAUUUCACACAUCACAAGCAAUCCAUCUUUGGGUGAUGACAAGCCUGUGUUCUUUAGCCUGAAAGCAUACAUAAGCGUAAUUAGGCCUGAUCAGGCUAUGUGGUAUCGGGCUUGUAAGACAUGCAACAAGAAGGUUACUGAAGCUAUUGGUUCUGGAUACUGGUGUGAAGGAUGCCAGAAGAAUGAAGAAGAAUGCAACUUAAGAUAUAUUAUGGUGGCGAAAAUUUCGGAUGCAAGUGGUGAAACAUGGGUUUCAACAUUCAAUGAGCAAGCUGAAAAAAUCAUUGGGUGUCCUGCUGAUGAGCUCGAGAAGUUAAAAUCACACGAGGGAGAAGAUAAUCUCUUCCAGACUAAACUAAAAGAAGCAGCUUGGGAACCACAAACAUUCCGUGUUAGCGUGGCACAAACUGAGUACAAUAAUGAGAAGAGACAGAGGGUAACCGUAAGAGCUGUUGCCCCGCUUGAUUAUGUAGCUGAGACAAGUUAUCUGCUAGGCGAGAUCUCUAAAAUGAAAGCCUCUCAGUAGAAAUCCUUCUUGAAAUUUUAGCAGUAGGUUAUGAUAUUUAUAUUCUACUAGGGGAUGGGUUGGUUAUUUUUGUGAAUCUGGAUCAAUCAAACAGAACUACUUUGUUCAUUGUAAUAUAUGCAUUGCAAAAUUAGCCUAAAACUUCAUGUUUUCUUCUUUCUAUAACUUUAAUGCUAGAGAAUAGUGUGCAGUAAUUCUUCUCUAACAUGAGUAGUAUCUUUUCUGGCCUUGUGAAUUGCAAAAUGACUUGAAUUUUCCCAUAAUUUUGAGCUGUUGAUUGUAAUUGGUACAAGAAUUCUAGUUGAAACAAGGACUUAAGUAUUAAUACAAUGCUAUUUGAG